AUGAACGGCUACGAAAGGGACCUAGAAUCUGGUCAAGAGCAAUAUGCUCUCCAGAACACAGGCGACAUGGCAAUAGUGCUCACUAAGCGACGCAAAAUUGACCAGGACUUGCGGCAGGUCGCAUUAAAGCAAGAGCAACUUCAAUCAUCCCAGCAAGCUCUCCUCGAUUCGACUACCGCAGCCGAAGACUAUCAAGCCGGGAUUCGCAUCGAUGCCGUCAAGGAAGAGAUAUCUGGUUGCUUCCAACGCAUUCGAGAGCAUGUCGCAAGUCUCAAACGAGACUCCGAUAUGUCCAAUCCACUUAUUCAGCAACAAAUCAAAUUCAUCAGUGAAAAUGUUCAGCGGCAAAUUCAGUUGUACUCUGCAACACAGCAAAACUUCGAAGGCAAGCUUAGGUCGCAAGUACGACGAAGAUAUGAGAUUGUCCACCAGGGCGCGACUCCGGAAGAAAUCACUGCAGGCAUGGAAGGAAUUAUCAACGGAGGGGAACAGGCAUUUGCAAUCCAAGGUAUGCGAAGUGCACAAGCCAUCGAAGCUCGAAAUGCUGUUUUGCAAAGAUCCGUGGCUAUCCGUAGAAUCGAGCAAGAUAUGAAGGCCCUAGCCGAAAUGUAUCAAGAUAUUGGAUCACUGGUUGAGCAACAAACAUACCCUGCUCAAGAAAUUCAAGACAAAGCAGAGGCAACCGCCAACUAUACCAAGGAUGCAAAUGAGCAAAUGAGUCGAGCGAUAAUCAGCUUGCGCAAUGCGAAUAAAUGGAAAUGGUGGAUUCUGCUUGUAGGCGUUCUUAUUGUGGCUGUUAUCGUGGGAGGAACCAAUCCCUUUCCACCCGAAAGCGUCUUUGGGGUAAUUUGCGGGGGCGGAUGGGCGCGGGGUGCGAAACCUAGGUUCACAUAG